AUGAGCCUUACAGACAUUCUAAGCCCUUCUGACAUCGCUGCUGCUCUGCGGGACUGCCAAGCUCCAGAUUCCUUUAGUCCCAAAAAAUUCUUUCAGAUCAGUGGGAUGUCUAAAAAGACAAGCAGCCAGCUCAAGGAGAUCUUCCGGAUUCUCGACAACGACCAAAGCGGCUUUAUUGAGGAAGAUGAGCUCAAGUAUUUCCUUCAGAGGUUUGAGUGUGGAGCCAGAGUGUUAACUGCCUCAGAAACCAAGACCUUCCUGGCAGCUGCAGACCAUGAUGGGGAUGGUAAAAUCGGGGCUGAAGAAUUCCAGGAAAUGGUGCAGGCUUAG